AUAGCCUACUAUACAUUGCCAACACUAGAGAGACGAACUCUUCAGUACCUGCACUUCAGUGGGCGGUACUUUACGCGCACCUCCCCGUCCUCCCCCCCAUCCAACGUGGCUGCCUGCCAAGGCCAGAUCCACGCAUUCGACUCCCAGGACCUCAUCGACGUCUACAUCCCAGACGGCCCUGAGACUGUCCUCUACCAUUGCAAGCAGCAGCCGUGCCCAAAUCGGACACCCCGAUCGAUCGAGGAAGAUUACCCUCGCUACAAGGCGAUCCGACGAGCGCAACACCCGCUUGGACCCCGAAGCACCCUCGCAUCUCGAUCUGCCUCGCGGCACUCUCGCCCUGUCUCCCCUACCUCCCGCCUUCCCCAAACUGUCGCCGAGUCCAGUCAAGCUCGAGGAGAUCUCCCUCCAAACCCUGCGCCAGAGCCUGAGCCUGAGGAGGGUGCAGGUGAAGAAGGAAUCUCGGAGUCCAAGUCCGAGGAUUCUGUUGGGUCCGCCUCGCCGACAGCGCUCGCCACCGCGUCAGCAGUCCCUGACCGGAGGGCCACCACAGCCGCCUCCGCCCCCGCAGCGUCCUCCGUCCCCCCCGAUGCCGAUAAUGUCCUCUCCUGCAGCCGCCCCCGAUAA